AUGAGCGACAGUGAAGAAAGUUGUAUGGAUGACGAGAGUUGUACCAGCGAAGAAUUUUUAAGUUCCAGCGAUGACAACUUCAGUUCUGAUGGCGAUGUUGAUGUAGGUGAUGUUGGUGGUAAUGUUUUAGACGAAUGGUUAUUUGUUUUAGAAGAUGAAAAUGGUCCUAAUGUUGUUCACUUUACUGGUGAAUCAGGACCCAAGCACUCAAUUUCACCUGAGUCUAAGCCUAUUGAAUAUGUGGACUUGUUUUUUACAACUGAAUUUUUGCAAAAUAUAGUAAAUUUUACUAAUAAUUAUGCUGACACGUGGAUUCAAAACAAUCAACAACAUUUGAGGUCCCAUCCAACAUCAAGAGGUCAUGGAUGGAUUAAACAAGGAAAGACCAAUCUUUUAGAGAUAAGAGCUUUCCUUGGAGUCAUAAUCAACAUGGGUCUCAUCAAAAAAGCUAAUCUUAAACUUUACUGGGAUAUAAGUCAUCCUUGUGCAUCUACUCCCUGGUUUGUUACCCACUUCAAUCAUGAAAGUAUGGUUGGCUACAAAGGAAAGACACCACAUCUGCGUCAAUAUAUGCCAAACAAACGUCAUUCUAGGUUUGGGAUUAAGUUAUGGUGUGUUUCAGACAGCACUAACGGUUAUUUGUGUCAAUUUGAAAUUUACAAGGGAGGAAAAGACCCAGAUGUAGCAGCCAUUGCCUAUGGUAUGACUUAUAGUUUAGUUUUUCGUCUUUUGCGCCAAACUAAUUUCCUCCACCAAGGUCAUCACUUAGGUAUUGACAAUUAUUAUACUUCUCCUCAACUGUUAUUAGAUCUUUAUGCUCAUCAGACCACUGCAACAGGCACAGUGAGAGUCAACAGGAAAGGCCUACCAGAAACCUGCAUUAAAUCGAAAUUAAAAAAUAAGGAGGUAUGCCAAUAUAGAAAAGGUCCCUUGUUGUGUGUGGCAUACCAAGAUGGUAAAAAAAAGCCUAUAUUAUUAUCUACUGUUGCCAAAGCAGGUUUUACUGAAAUGCGUAACAGAAGAGGAAAUAUAGUUAUGAAACCAAAUGUUGUUGCCCUUUACAAUAAAACCAUGGGGGGUGUAGAUUUGGGUGAUGCACAGCUCUAUGUGUACUUGUCUGAGCGUAGAACAAUAAAGUGGACUACUAAAGUUGCUUUUUCUUUAUUUGGUAGAGCAAUUUUAAAUAGCUAUUUAUUGUAUAAGCUCAAUACAAAUGAACAAAAGCCAAUGUCAAGAAUAGAUUUUAUGAUGGCUAUAGUGGAAAGUUUAGCCGGAGGUUAUUUUCCAGUAAAAGUAAUUUCUAAAAGAAGAACAUCAAGAGAGAUUGAAUUGGCUAGAAGUACAAUUGUCCCAUAUCCACUUCCCCAACACACUGCAAGUAGCAAUCCAUUAUAUGGUCACAAUCUUGUUAAGGUUGGUGCAGGAAAAAAAAUAAAAUGUGUAGCUGGGCACCAAUCUCGAGUCCGCACAAGUUGGCAGUGUCAGUUAUGUGGUGUUGGACUGUGUCCAGCCUGUUUUUCCAAUUAUCACACAACAGUUGUGCAUUAA